GCCUAUCGCUGCGGUCCGGGCGUAGUCGCUUGUCGGUCUCCCUCGAUUUUGACAGAUUAUCGUUGAAUGUCACUUGUUCCUCUAUUAACCGUAGAGGCUUGAAUGGAUUCGGCAUGAAUAGAUUACUGCAGUUCCUGAAAUUGACCUUCGAUCGCCAGGAAAUCAUCAACAAAUCAUGAAAAUUUAAAACGCCAAAUGGUCGAAAAUGAAUUAAUGUAAUGAACAAUAGAUUUUCCAAUGGCACCAUAUGGAGCGAAAAUUCAAUAAAUGAUGGAAAAUGGAUAUGAAUCGGAUGUGAUAUUGUGGAAAAUGUGUUGACAUAUUUGUGAAGAACUCCGAUUAGUGUAUGGUUUGAAGUUAUUGGAACUAUGAGUGGUCCAACUGCACAACAUGGGAAAAUCCUGCUGAUGGUGUUACUACUGGAAUUGAGUCAAGCUUACCACCACCCCAACCAGCAGCCGCCCCGCAUCACCGAGCAUCCCGUCGACACGACGGCCGCCCGUCACGAACCGGCCACCCUCAACUGCAACGCGCAGGGCGAGCCCGAACCGACCAUCACGUGGUACAAGGACGGGCAGGUGGUGCGCACGGCGCCGCAGGACGCGCGGUCGCCCCGCGUGCUGCUGCCCGCCGGGAAUCUGUUCUUCCUGCGGGUGGCCAACAGCAGGAAGGAGAGCGACGCGGGCGUGUAUUGGUGCGAGGCGGGGAACGCCUUGGGCAAGGCGAGGAGCAGGAACGCUACGCUGACGGUUGCUGUUCUCCGCGACGAAUUCCGACUGGAGCCGCAAAGCUCUCGCGUGGCGGCAGGCGAGGACAUCGUGCUCGAGUGCGCCCCGCCCAAGGGCACGCCCGAUCCGCAGGUGUUCUGGCGCAAGGACGGGCAGGCGGUGGUGGUCGAGGGGCGGCUUAAGCUCGUGGACGGUUUCAAUCUGGCCAUCACGGAUGCGAAGACGACCGAUGACGGGAAGUACCAGUGCGUGGCGAGGAAUACGGCGGGGGUGCGCGAGUCAGCGGCAGCUGUGCUCAAAGUGUUUGUGAAACCCUUCAUGAUCCGCCCGCCGGAGGACACCGUCGCCCUGGUGGGGGCCAGCGUUGAGUUCUCGUGCGCCACGGGCGGAGACCCCAUCCCGGACGUGCUGUGGCGCCGUACUGCCCUGGGCGGCACCAUGCCCCUGGGCAGGGUCAGGGUGCUCGAGGACCGCACGCUCAGGCUGGAGCAGAUCACCCUGCUGGAUCAAGGAAGAUAUUUUUGUGACGCUGACAACUUCGCCGGAGCCAUCACUGCCUCUGCCCUUUUGACGGUUCACGCCCCACCCUCAUUUGCCGCUAGACCGCAGGCGCAGACGGCCGAGACAGGACAUGACGUCACUUUCCAGUGCACCGCUCAGGGCAGCCCGGCGCCCUUCGUCUUCUGGUCCUUCGAGGGUGACAGGGCGCUGGUCUACGCGGGCUGUCCCUUCGGCAACUACGAGGCGUUCACCAGCGUCGAAGGGCACUCCACUCUCAUACUGAGAGACGCUCAGAUACAUGAUUCUGGGACAGUGAUCAUCUGUUCAGCGAUAAACGCUGCCGGAUCUAUAUCAUCCAGAACGAGACUGACGAUAACUUCUAAAGAGGACCGCCCACCACCUGUCAUCACCGCAGGCCCAGUCAACCAAACUCUCCCCAUCGACUCGGUUGCCAUAAUGACCUGCGAAGCUCAAGGAAACCCGAAGCCAAUCAUCCUGUGGUACAAAGAAGGAGUACCUGUCUCUCCCACCCAAAGAGUCAACAUGUCCAAUCCCACUCACCUGCAGAUCCACAAUCUCCAGAAGAACGACACAGGACCCUACACCUGCGUAGCCUCGUCUCGCGGCGGAAAAGCUACGUGGACCGGGCACUUGCUGGUGGAGAACCCCAAGAACCCCAACAUCAACUUCUUCAAGGCCCCGGAACCGGUGAUGUUGCCUGGCCCGCCCAGCAGACCACACGCCUUGAACCAAUCGGAAGGCAGCGUAACGAUCACGUGGGGACAGAACAACAAAAUAGGAUCGUCGAGUCUGCUGGGCUACCAGAUAGAGCUGUUCGGACGCGAGGAAGGGGUAACGCCUACUUGGACCAUGGUGGCGCGUAGAGUACCUGGCCCGACAUUCACUCAGCACCUGUUGACAGCUGGAGUACCUUAUACGUUCCUGGUUCGGGCAGAGAAUGGGCAUGGUCUCGGUCCACCUUCACAGUUUUCCGAGCCAAUCGUUGUGGGUCCCGAUUCGACUCAGAACUGGGGGAAUCCUGAAGUAACGGUACUAAGUGAGGCUCGAGCGAACUUAGUUUCUUCCAACAUAGGCAAGCUUGAGGAAGCUAUAGCUCUGAGCUCGACGUCAAUCAAACUAGUUUGGAUCAUAUCAGACUCUACUUUUGUUGAAGGAUUGUAUAUUUACUACAUAUCGAUUGAUGAAGACCCCAACGUUCCUAAAAUUUAUAGUAUGCUGACAGUGCUGCACACUGGCGACACUUCGAGCUUCACUGUGAAUAAUUUAGAUAAAUGGUCGAAGUACGAGUUUUUCCUAGUGCCUUUUUUCAAGACUGUUGAAGGACAUCCCUCCAAUUCCAAGACAAUAAGGACUCUAGAAGAUGUUCCCGUUGAAGCCCCCACCAAUAUGGAGGCCCUCUUGCUCAAUUCGACGUCAGUAUUCCUGAAAUGGAGGGCCCCACCUCCUCAAACCCUCAAUGGCGAGCUGCAAGGCUACAAGGUCGAGAUCCGAACGAAUGGGACGGACGAAGCGAAGACGAUACCGGUAGGAAAAAAGUCGGCCAGCCUGCUGCUGGGUAGUUUGUCGCCGGGGAUUUCCUAUUUCGUGCGAGUAGCUGCAACCACUAGAGCGGGAUCGGGACCAUUUAAUCCAGCUGCCACGCUGAGGUUGGAACCAGCUACCAGGGUGUCUGAUGACAAUUUCCAGAGACCAAUUGGGGCCGACAUGCAAUCUGGAGACUUCAUCACCGAAACCUGGUUCAUGGCCCUCCUGAUCAGCAUGGUAUCCGUGAUGGUACUCCUCUUCGGAGCCAUGCUAUUCGUCAGACGCCGCCAAAUGCUCUCCAAGAAGAGCAUGACCCCAAGUCGUUCCAAUGGUGGUGUCCUAACGACCCCUAUAGGCUCCAAGCAAGAAGCACCUCUGUGGCUAGACAAAGACACCCUACCGGACUACACGACCACCCUUCCAGAGUAUUCCAAACUCACCCCGAACAGCGCCAAAAGAAACAAAUGUCUCAGUAACGGGUUCGGCAAUGCUUCUAGCAUCACUUUGCGGUCGAACCCUCUGCACCAAAACGAAUUCACUAGGCCCGACAAUCUGCAGUAUAGUUCCGAAAAAUACUAUCCUGUUAGUGGAAGGGCUUUUGAGGAUUUUCCCAAUAUGCAAGUGCAAGAAUACGCUAGCCCUAAUAUGGACCCGAAGAUGCAGGUUGCUGACUAUGCCGAGGUGAAUGCCAAUGGUAUGUUGGAUAACGAAGGAGGGUCCACUUCUCCUGCUCCAUAUGCUACCACAACCUUGGUUUCGGCUGGUAAAAGGAUGAAAUGGAACAACUUCGCAUCGAGCGCCGACGAAGAGAGCCCCUAUCCUGCCGCUAACGGCGGCUACUACAACCGCAAGGUCUACUCCGACUCCUACUUCCCGCCCCUCCACACGCUCAGGCGCAACAGGAACGCCAAGAACGCGGCUCUCUGCCCCGCCAACCGUGAGUCGGGGUCGUCCAGCGGCUCGGCGGGGCAGCCGCUUUACGCCCGGGCGGGGUCGCCUGCCAGCUCGGCGGGGCAGCCGCUGUACGCCCGGGCGGGUUCGCCUACUGGAUCAGCUGGGCAGCCGGUGUACGCCCGCGUGGGGCCUCCCGGGCUGUCAUGGCGGCCCGACGCGCCCUCUAUGAGCAGCUUCGCGCCCCAGCACCGGCAGGGGUGCCAUGGGUCGACCAGGUCGGAACCGGGAGACAUGUAAUGGGUAGAUUAUGGACGAUCAUUUCGGUUUUAGCAGGAUCAUGUUACGCUCCAUUUUUUCCUCUAGUUUUGAAGUUGAAAAAUUGGAAUUUUGAACGAAUUUCAUUACUGAUAAACGUCACUUUUGACGCGCUGCUUUUUGCGUAUUGGAUAUCAAUAUUUGUUUUUUUCCAGAUUGGCUACGAUUCUGUCAUUUCUCGAAAUACCACGUUUAGUUUUGUCAUGUCAAGAAAAUGCUGAUUCUAAUUUCAAAGGCUGAUACAUGAAACAUUAAUUAUAAUUACAUUUUCACUACAUUAUAAUUACAUUUUCACUAGCCGCGAGGAACCCGUUCAUGCAACUUAUGCUCAUAAUGAACUAAUUAUUCGACGUUAUGUGAUCUACUUGGAUUUCACAAAUGUUCACAGGUUAUUUGAGAAUAUGGAUUUAUUUUGAAUAUAAUAUCUGAGGUGAAUCACAAAUAGUUUUGUGGAAAAAAUGAUCAUUCAAUGAACUAAUCUUGCAAAUCAGUCGUUUUCACUAGAACUAUAAUGUAAUUAUAAUAAAAAAUUAGAAGUUGGUCAACUUCUAAGUGCAC